AUGGACUUCUCCGAUUUCAAGCCCUUGAGGCGCUGGAUGGACACGCCCCGAAAGUUUUCUCGCAUGACUUGUAUGGUGUUUCUGGCUGUCACCGGAGUCCUGCUGCUGUCUCUUUCCUACGUGCUCCUACAGCCAUCGACCGCGUUUUCCCCAUCGUCAUCGGCGGACUUGAACAAUGCGGAAAAAGUGAAUCCGAUCGUGACUCCCUCGCCCUCGCCUCCCUCGCCCACUCCUGAACUCUCUUCAAUCACCAUUCACCAAUCCGAAGAAGGCACCAGCCAUGUCGACCACUCCGCAGCGCCUCUCGCGAAGCCCGCCGGACUCCGUGUUGUCGGCGUAGUAUUCUACGGCCGUCGCGAUCGCUCUUCGUUGCUGGAAUGCUACUUGCAGAAAAACCUGGCGUCCAACGGCGGCUGGCUGGAUGAAGUAAUCUGGGCGGCCAACACCGACGUCCCCGAGGAUAUGGCGUACGGGGAGAAAAUCGCAGAGACGGCGCCCGAGUAUACAUAUCUGCCAAUCAAGAGUGGCGGCUACAUGGGAAUCUAUCUGAAGGCAUUCACCGAGCCCGAUACGAUCUAUCUCAAGAUGGAUGACGAUAUGGUUUUUAUCGACCAAAGCGCCAUUCCGCGCCUGGUUAUGACUCUACUUAAUAAUCCAAGAGCCCUGUUGGUCUCGUCCAACGUCGUGAAUAACCCCGCUUUGGGCUGGGUGCACUACCACAUGGGUGCGGUGCAUCCUUACGUACCAGAAGUUAGACCAGUGGAAGACAGCCUAGCUACGAAGGAGAACGGCGCCUGGCGUGCUUCGGAGCUUCCAACAUGGGGUGGAGCGGACUGGCAGAUGCCCGAGUUGACACAGUUCUAUGAGCUCUUCGGCGUGGAUGACAGGGCAAGAGUCCCCAGCCAUCGUUGGAUCCCCACGAGGAAUUCCAGCUAUUUGUAUCAGACGCCCGUUGCACAGUCGCAGUAUGAUGCGUUCGGCCCCAAUUUGCAGUAUUGGCCGUUGGCUGCACAAGCGCACUAUUCGUUGUUGCAAAAUAUCGAGGAGAAGAGACUGGGACGGUAUUUCAUGGUACAUGGAAGUGACGAAGAAGCAGUCAGUACGUGGGAUAUGCGCGGCAGUCGCAUUAGCAUUAAUUUCAUGGUGAUCAGAGGGAGCGAUCUUAUCGACAACCUUGCAAAUCUGCAGGGGAAAGAUGACGAGGAUAUGCUUACCGUGGUGCUACCGAAGCAGUUGAAUCGAGCUAUCCUGGUGGAAACAACCUCAGUUGUGGCACAUUUUUCUUUUGGUCCUCAAAAGAAUCUGAUCAAGACAGACAUUCUUGCACGAUAUCAUAACUAUGCAACACAAAUGAUCUGCCCUAAUUCCCUUCUUGAGCCCGAGACCGUGCUCGCGGUUUGA